GAGCAGCAGCAUCAACAACAGCAGCAGCAACAGCAUCAGGAGCAGCAUCAACAACAGCAGCAGCAGGAGCAGCAUGGACUUCUCAUUCAACGGCACCUCGCACAUGCCUGUCAUGGCCGCCUCCUUCAUCGACUUCCCGGCUGGGACCGGCACCUUCGCCAACGAUGAGGAGGACGAGGAGGAGGAUGAGGAGGAGCUGGCAGAGGUGACCACCGUCUCCAGCGCUCACCACCACCACGGCCACCACCACCACGGCCACCACCAGCAGCAGCACGGCUCUGGCCCCAACACUGUCUCUGGUGCUGGGGCCGCUUCGGCCUCCGGCUCGGGGCUGGCGCUGCUGAGUGGCCACCGUGGCGCCGAGGGCCUCGCCGGCCCCGCCGGGGCGGGGGCCCGGCCCCAGCGAGGACGCCUCGACCGCGGCUCCGUGGGCCUCUGGGUGGCGCUCAUCGCCACUGCCGCCAACAUCCUCGUCAUUGCCAUCGUCUACGCCAGCACCUUCUGAGCCACCGCGGAACCACCGGUGGAACCAUCAGUGGAACCAUCGGUGGAACUACCGGUGGAACCAGCUGGGGAACCAUCGGUGGAACCACUGGUGGAACCAGCGGUGGAGCUACCAGUGGAACCGUCGGUUGAGCCAUCGGUGGUUCCACCAAUGGAUGGUACCAGUGGAUCCACCGGUGGAACUACAGUGAAACCACCAGUGGCUCCACCAAAGGAACCACUGGCAGAACUACCAGUGGAGCUAUCAGUGGAAUUACCGGUUGAGCCAUCAGUAAAACCAUCGGUGGAUCCACCGGAGGAAUCACUGGCAGAACUACCGGUGAAGCAAUCGGUGGAGCCAUCAGUGGAACCAUCGGUAGAACCAUCGGUAGAACCACCUUUGGAACCAUCGGUGAAACUACCGGUGGAACCAUUGGUGGAACUACCAGUAGAACUACCGAUGGAACCAUCGGUGGAACUACCAAUGGAACCAUCGGUGGAACCAUUGGUGGAAUCACCAGCGGAACCUACCGGUGGAACUACCGAUAGAACCAUUGGCAGAACUACCGGUGGAAUCAUCGGUGGAGCCAUCGGUGGAACUACCAGUGGAAGCACCAGUUGAAACAUCGGUGGAACUACCGAUGGAACCAUCGGUAGAACUACCGGUGGAGCCAUCGGUGGAACUACCAGUGGAAGCACCAGUGGAAACAUCGGUGGAACUGCCGGUCGAACUACCAGUGGAAGCACCAGUGGAAACAUCGGUUGAGCCAUUGGUGGAACUACCGGUCAAACUACCGGUGGAACUAACUACCGGUGGAAGUACCGGAAGUAUAGUCGGUGGAAUUUCCGCUUAUAAUUAUUCACUUCCAUUCCAAGAAGCAAGAGGCAUCGCGGUGGGACAAAUCGCAAAUACACAACAGGGUCCUCGCCGGAAAGCGACCACCAGCAGUUCACCAGCACCGUCUCGAGUAACGCCGGACUCUAGCAAACGCCGACGAGACACUGAAUGCCAAAACCGGUCUAGUGUUUAGUGCUCGUGAGGUAUGAUGCACCACCAGAAGGAGAGGGGCCGUGUGGCCGAUGGAACGUUUAAAGUAAUGCUCGCAUCUUUGUUUGCACAAGGGCACUGGCAGUUGCUCUGCUCCUCCGCAAGUCUCCCAGGUCCCCGUUCCCGUCCGUGACCGACGCCGCAGCGGCGAACACUGUUGACCGAUGAGCCCAGACGAGGACUACGCCAGCCCGCUAUCUUGUGUUUCGCUGCCCGCCCCCCUGUUGUUGGGACGUGGCACGCGCCGUUCUCAACCCUCUGGGUCGACGGUCUCAACGGCAACAAAUGGCCACGCGUUCAGUUCUUUUGAGCCGGUGGUAUGGACAAGGCUAAGAGCUACAAACGCUUCCUCGGGUCACGCGCUGUUGAGGGGGAGUGGUGGGACGGCGGUUAGCCUAUUGCAUUAAGUGUUUGAUUCGGGGCCGUUAGCUGUCGUCGGUGACAAGCGCGCGAACCGUUUCUGGGCCUCCCUACGUCGACUCAGCCUUAUAAUAGGUACCCCGUGCUGUGUGUAAACAGUGCGACCGUGGAGACAGGGUGACGACGCUCGUAGCUUCAGUGGGUGAUGACGCACGUAGUCUGGGAGCGGAGACGACGCUCGGAGCCUCGGUGGGAGACGACGCUCGGAGCCUCGGUGGGAGACGACGCUCGGAGCCUCGGUCGGCUCUGGCUACAUAAACUGUGACAGCAGAGCUGCUCGGUAUUGGUCCUGUGCUUGUUGUGGUGCAUUGUCAGUAAUAAAUAGAACAGACGCAAA